CCAGCACUAUUAGAACAUAAGCUAAUAGGUGAGGCAAUUCAGAGGAACAUAGAGUUGAUCUGGGGCUGUCUAAUGGAGAAUCGUUCUUCAAAUUUGGGUAUUUCUGGCAUAGGAGGGGUCGGGAAAACGACAAUAGUGGAGCGCAUACAUAAUAGACUCCUGAAAAAUGGGAACUUUGACGCUGUAAUUUUUUGCACUGUGUCCCAAAAUUUUAGCAUUCAUAAGUUGCAGAGUGAUAUUUGGAAGGAACUAAAAGAAAGUGACAUGGAGGAGGAGCGCGUGAUGAAACGAGCAGCGAAGUUGUCCACAGACUUAUCAAAGAAGAAGAAUUUUGUACUGAUUCUUGAUGAUGUGUGGGAGCAUUUCGAAGUCCGGGAUGUGGGAAUUCCCAAUAGAGCUGAUGGAUGCAAGCUGGUCUUAACAACUCGAUCUUCUAAAGUAUGUGCUCAAAUGGGUUGUAAGGAAAUUGAAAUUAGACCUUUAUGUGAAGAAGAAGCAUGGAACUUAUUUGUGGAGCAUCUUGGGUAUAAUGGGGUACUGGAGGAAAUUGAAAAGGUGGCAAAGGCAAUCGUGGAGAAAUGUGCAGGUUUGCCACUUGCCAUCAUCACAAUAGCAAGAAGCAUGAGGGGGGAGGUGAGAAGAUUUGUCUGGAAGGACACUUUGGAAAAACUGAAUGACCCCAAAAGGGAUCAUACAGAGAUGGGAGACAGGGUUUUGCCAGUACUUAGACAUAGUUACACACGCCUGUCUGACCCUCAACUUCAACAAUGUUUCUUACGCUGUGCACUUUAUCCUGAAGAUGCAUCAAUUAGGAAAAUGGAGUUGAUUGAAUUUUUUAUUGAUGAGGGAUUGAUUGACGAACUGCAUACUAGGGAGAAACAACAUAACAGGGGUCUUACCAUAAUAAGCAGACUUCAAGAUGCUUUCUUGUUGGAAGACCCUAAUGGGUGGAUGGAAGACUCUAAUGGGUGGAUCAAGAUGCAUGAUUUGCUCAGAGAAAUGGCACUACACAUAAUGAGUACAACGUCUGUUAUAGAAGUAAGCAAGAGUUCGCAAAAGAUGCCUGAUGAGGAACGUUGGACAAGUGAUUUAGAGAAAGUUUCUUUGAUGAAUAGAAUCAACGAAAUUCCUCCAGAUAUGUCACCAAAUUGUCCUAAACUGUCGACUUUGUUAUUAAAAGAUAGCCUUUUGAAGCAUAUCCCGGAUUCUUUCUUCAAGCAACUGCAGGGGCUGAAGGUUCUAAACCUAAGUGGAAGUAAAAUCACAGAACUUCCUAGUUCCGUGUCGGACUUGGUAAACUUGAGAGCUUUAGUUCUUUGUCGGUGUUAUCAAUUGUGCCACAUUCCUUAUUUAGGAAAGUUGAAAUCAUUAAGGAAGUUGGAUGCCUCGGGAUGUAUAAAGCUGGAAGCAGUUGAAGGUUUGCAAAUGUUGGCGAACUUGAGAUACCUUGACCUAUUUCACACGGGUGUAAAAAAAUUACGGGAAGGAACAUUAAGGAAAUUGGUAAAAUUGCAACAUCUUAAGAUUCAGGGAAGGGUGAAUGCAGAAGAGAUGACUGAGUUGAAGGCACUUGAAUUAUUUCAAUGCCAUUUUGAUACGGUGGACGAGCUCAGCUUGUCUGUGAAAAUCCUUGGGGAGAUUGACUACAAUGAUUUUGAAAUCAAAGUGGACCAAGCAAAGUCAUUGUUUUAUGUAAAAAUGGCUCAUUAUGAUCCCAAAAAUUGUAUUCGUGAACAUUCAAGUACUGUAGAAGUCCGUUACUGCAGUGAUCCUAUUGUGAAUGCGGGAAGAAAUGAUCCUAACUUGAGUGUGGGUAGGCAAAGCAGUUCUAUUUUGAUUCCAGGAGAUGUGCAGCAGUUGAAGGGGAGUAACUGCGGUGGCAUGAAAAAUCUAAUGGAUUUGAGCCCACUUCUAAAACUCGAGCUUCUAGAGAUUUUUGAAUGGGAGAACUUGCAGGUGCUCUGUGGAGCAGCAGAUGAACAAGAAGUAAUCAACGAGCAUUCCUACUCUCUCCUCUUCCCCUGUCUUAAGAAGCUAAAUAUCCAGAGAUGUCUGAAACUUAAGUAUCUGUUCGGCCACGGGUGUAAACUCUUCUUUCCAGACCUACAGGCGAUUGUCAUCAAGGGUUGUGAGGAAAUAGAAGGGAUAACUGCAGCGGCAGCUGGUUCACUGCUUCCUGCUUUCCCCAGUCUAGAAACGAUCAAUGUGGAGUCUUGUGGCAACAUGAAGGGGGUAGUUGAAUCUGAGUGGCUUCUCCAUUUCCCUAAUCUGAAGGAGAUUAAAGUACAGAGAUGCAAGAAGAUGGUCGAGAUUAUAGGACGGCCACCUCCAUGCAUGCCAGUGGAUACGGCCCUUUUGGUAAGGCAUCUUCAAGUGGAACAUUGCAACAUACAGAAGUUGCUUCCGCUGGAAUUGUUGCCACAUCUUCAGAAUCUUCAACGCAUCCAUGUAAAUGACUGCACAGGAAUGGAGGAAAUUGUAAGCAGAGGAAGUGCAAGCACUCCUGAGCACAUCCCCUCCUCCUCCUCUCCAUGUCCAUUUCAUUCUCUCCCACAGUUAGAGCACUUGCAUCUAGAGAACCUACCUGACCUGAAGAGAGUAUGUGAAAGCACCAUAAGUUGCCAUUCAAUAACAUUGCUUCGUGCGUUGGGUUGUCCAAAACUGGAGAGAAUAUCUCUGCAACUGAAACUCGCUCAUCGUCACGGGCUCCUUCCAGAGAUUAAUUUGGGUCACGAGGAACUGUGGGAUACACUGGAGUGGGACGGUCCCAAUCAGGAUCAAUUGGUUUUGAAAUUUGUAAAAGCUUAUAGUCUGGGUAAGAAUCGUAAUCCACCGUCCUUUGAUGGAGCCGGCUAGCCACAGAGGAGAAUUCUCCAUAAGAAUCGUGAUCUACUGUCCUUUGAUGGAGCCGGCUAACCACAAAGAAGGAGAAUUCUCUGUGUCGACCACAAAUAGCAUCGACUCUUCACUAUCUUCAGCUCUUUUCUUGUUUUCUUCUUCUACUUGCACUGCUGACCAUCUUUAGGUUCAUUAUCUUCAGCUCUCUUCUUGUUUUCUUCUUCUACUUGCACUGCUGGCCAUCUUUGAAUUCAGUGUAGGAGAGGAAAGAAAAUUAUCUGUUGUAGAAGUAAUGAAUGAAGUCAAGGGACAUAACCCUAAAUUGUUCCAAUGAAGUGUUGAACUUGGAAAGAUGAUAAAAUUAGACAUUUUGUAUACGAAACUGACUUUAUGUGGGUGAUUGAGUAUAUUCAUAUGUUAAGAUGCUUAAGCACGAGUUCAUCC